GUUUUCGUUCUUGCGGAAACGCACACUGUUAUCAUUUCAUCAUUUCAAAUAACUCUAUAAACUAAUCUAAUUGUGUGGUAAUCAUGUCUAACGACUACGGUUUCAAUAGCGAUGAUUCGCCGAACAAAACAAAUUCACAUCUGCAGCUUCCCAGCCCCAUAAUCACGAGACGAAACAGGACUGCGUCGACUUCGGAACGGGCUUUGGGUAACCCCUUGGAAAGCGGUAAAAUCAAAUCUUUCUGCCGGGAAAAAGGGCAUGGUUUCAUCUCUCCAGAUAAAGGCGGGGAUGAUAUAUUCGUACACAUCUCUGAUAUUGAAGGUGAGUAUGUGCCGUUACCUGGAGAUGAAGUUAUAUACCGGCUUUGCCCGAUACCACCAAAGUUUGAGAAAAACCAGGCGGUUCAUGUGCGGAUAGCCCACCUGACCCCAGAGAAGCAUGUCAAGUGGGACGAGGCUUCACUGUAACAUACAAGACACCGCUCCACAUCAUUACCUCCAUCACUAUUGUAAAGUUAUUUUGCCUGUAAUCUCCUUGCCACAUAAGUGCAAAGCUCCAAACCAUAUAUGUUACCAUAUACUUUGAUUAUAUUUAAUAUAUAUCUAAGGCCUAUCGCAGACAACUGUCAAUAAUCAGUGGAAAAAUAUGUUUCUAUUACUGAUCAGAACAAUGCUUGUUUUCAAUUUAUUCACCAACACUACCAUCUUGUAUAAUUUAAUUUACUUAAUUUAUGUAUUCUAUUUCUAUAAGUACCUAUGUCGGGCUGUCCUAGGACAUGGCAAAAAAUCAGUGACCAAUAAACAGCUGCAUGCGAUGGGCCAAUGUUCUAAGCUACCUAAGUCUUGACUUAAUAUUUAUUGUAAGACUGCACAUUCAUAUUUGUAGCAUCUGCUAAAUCUUUUAACAUUACUUAAAAUUUUAAAUUCUGCUAUACUUCAUAAAAACUUCUGACAACUUCUUUCUUAAUUUAUCAUUUAAGCGCAAAAAGACUAUGGUUGUUUGUAUCACGAAUAUUAACUGCAAAAAAUACAGUAUUUUAUAGUGAGAAGCCAACAUGUGGUGCUAAAUUUUCGAAAGUUUUUACCAUCUUCUUAAGAAUUUUGAUAUCAAUUGUAGUUGGGUACAUUGAAAGGCGAUGGCUUCUUGCAGCAACUAGCUUCGUAGUGUCAUACAUAAGACAUCGAUAUUGGCCUAAUUUGUAAGAAAAUAAUUAUUCUAUAAAGAUUUUUCAUUAUAAUAUAUACGUCUUUAUUGGGACAAUUUAAUUGUUAUUUGUAGAAUACUUAAGCAAGAGACAAGUCAUUAAAUAUUACAGAAUUACUUUGAAAGGUAAGAUUGUAAUAUUUUUGUAUAUCUUAAUAUCUUCCUCUUUAAGCUUUCGCAUAUACCUACUUUAAAAAGUUUGUCUUUCAGUUAAAAAUAUCAUAAUAAUUUAGCAUUAAAGCAAAGUCUGCACAAAUUGUGUUGUUAUGAACAAUCAAUCAAGUAAUGUUGUAAUAAUGAAUUAAGAAAUCUAUUUUAAAAUUGUUUAUUGUGUGUAUAUGAUAUUUUAGUUGCGUAGAUAACAUUCCUGUAAGCAUUUUAAACCCAGUAUUUUUAACAUAGUCACAGCAAUGUGUGUGACUGUUUGUCAUUUAUAGUGUUCCACAUAUAACUUCCGUUUUAGUAUUUCAGUUGAUGUAUGUAGUCUCUGUUGCCAUGCUUACUGUGUUUAGUUCAACAUAGCAGUAUUAGUAAUACAGCGAAUAUUGUAUGAAAUACAUUAUGUGUAAGCAUUA